AUGUCGCCGGCCGUGGUUCUCCUCCUGCUGAGCCUCCCGCGGGUGGCCGGUGCCAAGGGCGGCUGGUGCCCGGUCUGCGGGGUGGCCUCGCUGGCCCCCGGGGCUCAGCGGGACGCGCUCCUGGCUCUGGCCAAGCAGAGCAUCCUGGCCAAGCUCCGGUUACCGGGCAGGCCCAGCGUGCCGCGGCCGCCGUCCCGGGGCUCGCUGCUCACCGCGCUCCGUGCCGUGCUGCGGGACGGGGCUGCCACCCCCGGGGUGCCCCGCGAUGCCAGCCCCGGGGUGCUCCAGGAUGGAUCUGACACCCCCGGGGUGCUCCAGGAUGGAUCCGGCACCCCCGGGAUGGUCCGGGACGGGGCUGCAACCCCCGGGAUGGUCCGGGAUGCCACCCCCGGGAUGAUCCAGGAUGACAGCCCCGGAGUGCUCCGGGAUAGAUCUGACACCCCCGGGAUGCCCCGCGAUGCCACCCCCGGGAUGAUCCGGGAUGCCAGCCCUAGGAUGCCCCGGGAUGGAUCCGGCACCCCCGGGAUGCCCCGGGAUGGAGCCGCCAGCCCCAGGAUGAUCCGGGACGGGGAUGCCAGCCCCAGGACGAUCCGCGAUGCCACCCCCGAGACGAUCCGGGAUGGAUCCGCCACCCUCGGGAUGAUCCAGGAUGCCACCCCCGGGAUGCCCCGGGAUGGAUCCGGCACCCCCGGGAUGCUCCGCGAUGCCACCCCCGGGAUGAUCCGGGAUGUCACCGACACCCUCGAGAUGAUCCGGGAUGUCACCGGCAACCCCGGGAUGAUCCGGGAUGGAUCCGGCAUCCCCGGGAUGAUCCGGGAUGUCACCGACACCCCCGGGAUGCCCCGGGAUGGAUCCGGCACCCCCGGGAUGAUCCGGGAUGUCACCGACACCCUCGGGAUGCCCCGGGAUGGAUCCGGCACCCCCGGUACGCCCCGGGACGGCGGCGGGACGGCGCUGCAGGAGUACGAGCUGCUGAGCUUUGCUGAGCCCGGACCCUCCACAUCCCGCAGCGUCCACCUCCAUUUCCGCUUCUCCCCGGAGGUGUCCCGGAGCACCGAGGUCCAGCAGGCCACGCUGUACCUGUUCUGGCCAUCCCCUGGCACCCACCGUGUCACCAUCCGCCUCCUCCAGCCGGACCCAGCCGCUCCAAACCUGACCGUGACCGGCGAGACCCGGCUGCAGGUGCGGAGACCCGGCUGGACCGCGUUGGAUAUCGGAGCAGCCGUGCGGGACCUCUUCACGCAGGACACCCCGCGGCUCACCGUGCACCUGGAGCUGCCGGAGGGCUGGGGAUCCCCUCUGCCAUCCCGCCACGGCGAUUCCCACCGGCCCUUCGUGGUGGCCAAAGCCCGUUCCAGGGCUGCCCACCGCCUCCGGCGGCGCGGCGUCGACUGCGGCGCAGAGCCGCGGAUGUGCUGCCGCCGCGAGUUCUUCGUGGAUUUCAAGGAGAUCGGCUGGGAGGAUUGGAUCAUCCAGCCCGAGGGGUACCACAUGAAUUACUGCUCGGGGCUGUGCCCGCUGCACAUGGCCGGCGUCCCCGGCCUGGCCGCCUCCUUCCACACGGCCGUGCUGAACCGCGUCAAGGCGGCGAGCGCGGCGGCGGCCGUGGAUUCCUGCUGCGUGCCCACGCGGCGCCGCCCGCUCUCGCUGCUCUACUACGACCGCGACGGAAACAUCGUCAAGACCGACAUCCCCGACAUGAUCGUGGAUGCUUGUGGCUGCACCUGA